CAACGGAUCUUCGGCCUCAAAAGUCUAUCUUGACUGGCUAGAUCGACGCGCCGCCCAAACGUGCAACGGAUAUUUGUGGUUGCAACGCGGCUCAGUGAGGAAAUUAUCGCCUUCUACCAGCAGAUUGAAAAGGGUUUGAAAGAUAGGAGGACAACAAACACGUUCCGAGGUUGCGGACGGUGGAGCCGGUGGUGGAGGAGGGUGUAACAAACGAAAAUCUUUCGAAAUCAAUAGAGAAAGAGACAUUGAAAGGUCCAAAUGUCUUCGACAGCAGCGAUCUUGUUGGUAUCCGAGGACCAGGUGCUUUCCACCGGAUAUGCAACCAUUGCUAUGACCACCGCAUUCACGAUUGCGAGAUUCGCGGUUCGAUGGACGCAACAGAAAAGAGAAUUCCAGAUAGAAGAUGGCAUUUGCUUAUUUUCAUGGGUCGCAUUCCUUGUCAUGGCGAUAUUGUAUAUCGUCGUGACACCGGUGUUAUUCCGAGUAGAUACGGCGAUAUCAACGGGAGAAUUAUAUGCAAACCUCAUGAAAGAUGCGUUAUACGUUACCGAAAUCUUCUUUGCCAAUACAAUGAUCUUCUGGAUAGUGCUUUGGUCGGUCAAACUGAGUUUGUUGUUCCUCUAUCGAAGGCUUUUUGUGGGUUUGCCGGAUCAAAUGAAGUGGUGGUGGUCGGUUUUGAUAUUUACAGUUCUGGUCUGUGUCCUUGAUCGAAUCGGUGAAUGUUCCACUCACCGGGAUGCCGUCGCUCAAGUCGCAAGUCUCUACUUCUCCUUCGCCGUCGAUGUGAUUACCGAUCUCAUGAUUAUGCUUCUCCCUUGGAAAUUGAUUUGGCUGCUUCGCCUCCCGUUCAUGGAAAAGGUUGCGCUCGGCGGUGUGUUUGGUGUAGGACUUGUAUGCGUGAUAAUGGCGAUUGUGCGUACAGUUUCAGUUGGAAUAGAGUCUAGGAGCGACAACACACCCUCGAGUUCAUGGUUGAUGCUUUGGGGAUUGAUUGAGACUGCGAUAGCUGUUGUCGUUGGGACACUACCUGCCUUUGCAAUAUUCUUUCGGCGCCAACAACAUAGCAGGCGCUAUGGGAGCUAUCCAAAUGGAAGCGAUCAAAGGGAUCCGACAAGGAGUUUUCGUUCAGGCAGCGAUAGAGCCUAUCACCCUUCACAAAAAAUCAAAUUGAAUACGAUUAAUGUUACUAGGACAUUAGUAAUUACACGAUCCUCGCAUUCCAAUGAUAAUGAUAAUGACAUGGAUAUGGAUGAGGAUCCUUUGCAUAAUUCCUAUCCGAGAUAG